AUGUCGGCAGAGGUCGUCCAUCCCACCGCCGGGUAUCCGUCCUUCCGGCAGGACAUAUUCCACGAUGCGAUCUCUGCAACGGGGGAGAAUGGGAGUGCAGGUGACGCUCGAAAGCAGGGUGCCCUCCACCGGGCUAGUGAUCAAAUCGCCUCCCGAGUGCGACCUCAGCUAGACGCAUCAGCGAAAGAAGUGUUCGACAGUGUACGAUCGACGACAGAUAUCUUCGACGGUAUUGCAGAGGAACGAUUGAGGUUUAUGCCCGAGAAUGGCAGUCAACUUGAUCGAGCUUUCAAGCACGCUGUGGUCCUAGUAGGCCGGUUGGAGCAACUCGCCCGACUGAUGGCGAGUUUCUCAUCCGGAACCGAGCGCGUAAUCCGACUAAUGGGGGGAAGUUUUCUCUUGCUUCUACAGUGUGGUUCAGAACAGGCAGGACUCUUAGCCUCGUUCUUCCAGAGAUUCCACAGAUUUGCGGUUGAGUUGUCGCAUUUUAAGAACAAUCUGGAUAUAUUAAUGGCAGACACAGUUGCUCAGCAAGAGCUUGUGGCUGCGUAUGCUGAGCUAUGUGGGCUUAUUUGUUCAGCCAGUGUGCACUAUUUCCAAAAAGUCCAAGGCUCCUCCAAGGCUCUGGAUGCAUCCGAUUUACAAUCACGGUUUAGUUCGCAGGUUCAAGCAUUCCAUUCCCAUCGUAUUACGGUUAAAGAAAGGCUUUGGAGUAGACUUAUCAUGGGCGAUGUCAGUGUGGAUCCGUCAGAAAAGGUGCAAGAGAUAUGGGAGUACUUGUCCGUCAAGGAUCGGGAAGCCUCGAGGGUCCUUUCUGCUCGUUCACCUCAGCCAGCAGAGUACACCUGCGAGUGGUUUGCCAAUAGACUUUCUCAGAUACGAUCAAGCGACAGUCAAUUAUUUACUGUAACCGGUGACACCGGCACAGGGAAGACUGUUUUAUCUGAGUGGAUCACCCAGCAACUUCAAACAUCUACCGAUCCACAAGACUAUGAUGUUGUCACCUUCAGAGUUUACGACGAUAUCAGCGCUACUACCGGUCCUAUAGGAUUGGCGAAAGGGUUACUACUAGAGAUACUCGGACGCCAAGCAAAGGAUGGAGAUCUGCUAAGGGCUCUAGAGCACUCAAUGAGCCUACACACAUCUGGGGCCUCCAGUAAGAGUGUGGAGGACUCUUUGUGGCGGGCUAUAAACAUUGCUGUGAAAGAAACAGGGAAAAUGAUGGUUAUCGUCGAUGGUGUCGACAGUCUCAACGGGGAUCCCGAGGUUAUUCCUCGUCUCUUUGAUCACUUGAAAAUGUUGGUUUCACAAAGCCCUUCAAUUAAAGUGAUUGCCCUGUCAAGGCCCUUGUAUAGUGUGCCUAGUGAGGCCUAUCGGAUUAAGAUCGAACCAAGCCAGACAGCGGGCGAUGUUCGAACAGUAGUUCGCAACGAAAUUGAGUCAUCCGAAGUGUGCAUUGGACUAACAUUAGAAGACCGAGAAGAAAUCGAGGGUGGCAUUGUAAAGAAAGCAAAAGGAUGUUUCCCUAUCGCACAAUUGGCGGUCGGUCAGUUGAGCGCCCUGAGGACUUCGUCAGACAUGAUAUCCCUGGUACAGAAAAUACCUCCUUCGCUUCAAGAUAUGUUAAAACAGACACUCGAUUCGAUUGACCUGAGCGAUUGGACAGCACGAUCAUUGUUGGCUUGGACAAUCGUUUCCCACCGGCCCCUGCGAGUGCAAGAGGUUCGUUCUCUUUUGGAGAUCGACACGAAAAGGACAGAAGUUGUACCUCGUGUAGGAAACGCCGAAGGCGACAUUCGUCGGUUAUUUGGCUCAUUUAUUACAAUUGAAGAUGAAGUUAUUUCCUUUAGAUCAUCUGCUCUCCGACAGUUCCUCAUCAAUCAGGCGAAAUCAGCCACUGGUGAUAGUGGCAAAGGAAAACUGCCAUUGACCAUGAAGGAAGCGCAUUCCGACCUUCUUAUACGAUUGUUGGCCUACGUGAAGCUCAAUAUAACCGAUGAGGUAGAAGUGUCCACGACACCAUUGAGCCAGUCUGCCCAACACAGAUAUUUCGAUCAAUAUCAACUUCUCGAAUAUGCGGCAAGGUAUUGGACACUGCACUUCAGGUCUUCUCAGAUGAACGAGAAGGAAAGAGACAGCUUCAAGGUCACCAAUCUAUUCAAACGGAGCUUCCCAGACUCCGUUUUACUGGCACUACUUGAAGGCGGCUGCCAUCAACUGCAAUAUCUGCCAUACCAGGUGCAGGAGCUGCAGGCCUUUUGCGUCCAACUUCGUCGGCAGCUCCUCCCAGACCUUUCCCUCCCACUUUUGCAAAGCUUAAUCAACGCAGCGCAGACUUCACAGCGACUCGAAUCCGUUGACGCUAUUGACUAUUCCUAUGAGGCCUGGAGAAAGAGCAACUCCCUCUUGGGGUCGCGCAAUGUUGUUACGAGAUUUAGCGCCGAGAUCUUCAUUGACGUUGCAGCACAUAAAGACUCUAGGCAGGAGGCCUUCUUGCGCCAUAAGGAGGAAAUACUAGAGUAUCUAUUGCAAGCGUCAAAGGAAGAACUCGGGUUUUCAACUGAUAUGACAAUCAAAUACACACAGAUGCUGCUCGAUCACUAUGCCACUUUGAAGCACAAGGAGUCCGUGAGGAGAUUAUCCAAAGAGCUCUUUGAGAUGAGCAUUGCUCGAUAUGGCCAACAUUCUCAGGAGAUGGAGAAGAUCACCCAGCACAUAUAUAGGCAACUCGAAAGACUUUCUAUGUCUGACGUUACUGCAGAAAUAUUGCAAACCGAAUAUGAAUUCUCGAAACAGAGUUUAGCGGUCACCGACCAACGUAUGAUCGAUUCGACGUUGCAAAUGAUUAAGAUCUACGAGGACGGCGGGGAAACCUCCAAAGCCGAUGCGCUCUUCUUGGAUACCUGGAGAAAGCUUUUAGCCGUUGAGGAUACGUCGGGUACUGUCACCAAGCAGCAAGCAGAGUUCACUAUAAGGUACGCCGAGUAUCUCGAGCGACACUCUCGUAAGGAAGAGGCAGAAUCCGUUACUAGCGCUGCAUGGUUCUGCUUGGAAUCUCAGAUUUCUCGCUUUGACCAGUUAAGCUCAACUUUUGAAAUGGUACUCGGUCAUAUUCGGAACAUGAAAUGGGACGCACUAGCCCAAUCCGCAAUGGGAACAUUGUGGGGAUAUCGCAAGUCCCAUAAGAAAGCCUCACAUCGGCUUGUCCAAGUAGCCGCGUCGUUAGCCCAGACUGUCCAGCAAUCUAACUCUACCGUUUCAUCAGGGGAGGCGUCGAUGUCUGAGGAACAAAUGGAGAUAAUUCAUGAGAUUUUGGAGUCUGCCAAAUCAGUGGGGAUCCAUUCAUCCGAUACUACGUUAGCAUCAAUGAAGGCCGCUAAGCAGGUGGCGUCUUCUUUGAUGGAAAGGGAACGAUACCCCGAGGCUGCUGGUGUAUAUUGUCGGGCUUUGUCUCAUAUCUGGUCCGGGAUAGACAGCAAGUCGGCGACAAUCCGACUCACUGAGAAUGUUGAUGAAACGGUAAAACUAGGAACAAGCCUUGCAGACUGUUAUUUCAAAGAUCUGCAAAUUGACAAGGCAGCACUCGUGUAUCAGAACGUCCUCAAAGCCGUACUCUCCUCUGAUGCAAUUGACACUCAUAUGGUUCGAUCCACUGCGGACAGAGUUAUCACAUUUUAUCGGACCAUAUACCGCUUCCUUGAGGCAAUAACGACGUACGAAAAUUUGUAUACGAAUAUUUCUUCGCGCUUAGGCAAGAGCCACAGGCAGAGUAUUGAGAUCUUGUACGAAUGGGGAGACCUAGCAAAGAGGUGUCACCACGAAAAGGAAGCUGAACAGGCGUAUCAGGAGGUAUACAACAAUCUUCGGCACAACAGUCAGUUAGACCAUCGAGCCAUUGCCGCUGCUCGUGCUCUGGCUGCCAUUUACGAAGAAACUGAAAGAUGGACGAAGGCAAAGGGCGUUUAUGAGACACUGUGGUGGACAAUUUCCAGCGGUGACAAGGACCAUCUGUUAAGCAGUGAGCUUGUCGAAGAAGUCUACCAGCAUUACAAGACGUUGUUGGAGACGAAGCUGGAGGCGAAUAUCGUAGAAAUUCAUGAUCUAGCAGCCAGCUAUCGCAAGAUGUGCCAACGACGGCAUGGGAGUUCCAGUCGACAAAGUUACAAGGCAACACUUUCUUUGGCCGAAAUUUCUCGCAGAGAUAGAAGAUACCAUGAUGAAGCAGUGGAACUGUAUGAGACAGCUCUUGAACAGAGCAAAACCUUCUCUGACCGACAGGAAAUGACCGCAAUGGCCCUGAAACACUGUUUGGCUGAUCUCUACGCCCGCCAGUCUCGGACCACUCACAAGGCUGCCGCGCUAUACAGAGAAAAAUAUACUUCGUUGGUUCAUGAGCAUGGAUAUGCGUCUCGGGAUCAUAGUCUUCCACAGUUGCGGGAAUUACUACAACUACUGCAUCAACAGAACAAUAAAGUUGCAAACCAGGAGCUUCGGGGGACGCUCGAGACAAGUACAGUGGCAACCUUCGAAGAGAAAACAGACAGCCAGCAUUUGUACGCCGCGGCUGUCGAGCUCGCGCAAAUGUACGUAGAUUUUGGUUUGAAAGAAAAAGGGACCCGACUUUCGAGAGAACUCCGCCACCGACUCAUCCAAGAGGCGAUGGAAACGAAGGGGUCUCAUAGAGCCACCAGCUUCGUCGUGGCAUUCGAGAUGACUUUGGGGAAGAGUCGCAAUUAUGCAUCCAUAAUGGCCGACCUAAUCGCAGAGAUUCAGCUCUACUCGGCAUUCCACCACGCUAGAAAACAGAAGGGUUUUAUCCACACAUUCAUUGCUGGAAUCCGCUUGAUGAACUUCCAAAGCCUCAAUGGUUGGACUGAGAACGCCAACGCCACCGAUGCAGAACUGUUUCAGUUAUUUACUAAGCGGUUCAGUAGCAUUGAAACGGGCAAGGCCGUUUUGCGAGAAUUCUACGACAUCUGCAUCUCGCAGGCACCACAGGGAAGCCUAGUGAAAAAAUUGACUCGCGUGAUCGUCGAUAAUGUUUAUCAAAAACUGACCACUGGCCGUUUCCGACCGGGGUAUAGCCAUGCCGCCAUCCUUCACGAGUUCGUCAAAGAUUCCGGCGGAUUUCAGGAUCAGGACAGCACCCGAGAUGGCGUAAAACUCUCCGAGCAUCUUCUUGUGCAAGGGUCCCGUAAAUGUUCCGAUCGUGAACUGAGUGGGAAAAUGCUAGUACUCUCCAAGACCAUCCUGCAUGAGAUUAUCUCUUCUUAUCAUGAGAAAGGGGUAAAUCUCACAGACUUUGAGACCACAGAUCUCAACCAACUUGCGAUCUUGUUAGGCGGCCAGAGGAAUUUUGAAGAUCUAGAGUUCCUCCUGAACGAGUUGUGGUCUUCUCGUGUUGUUCAAAAGACCUGGUCUUCGGAUACUAUCAUUCUGGUGGGGCGACGACUAGUCGAGGCUCGCUUCUCAAAUGGUCGGACCAUACAAGCAACUCAGCUGUGUAGUGGGUUAUGCUAUAAUGUUAAGCGAGUCUGGGGUCCAUUUGAUCGAAGUGCUUUGGAGUUGACGAAUCUGCUCUCGGCUCUCUACACCGCCGAAAGUGAUCAUGUUCGCGCAAUGGGGGUACACGAAUCCGUUCUGCGCCAGCUGCUCGAAGACAGCACAGAUAUCACGCUGUCGGAGGCGGCCGAGAUUGCCUCUAAGCAAACGGCACUACUCCAGAGAUGUUACCAGCGCAACGGUGGCUGGAGUAAGGGGUCGGAGAGGUAUGAGAACAUGUUCAACCGACUGAAUGAGAAAUUUGCCAAAGAGAAGAAAUGGACGGCACGGAAUCCGCAACACUGGACGGUCAAGGAAGUCGACAAAUUGGGUGUUUGGGAGGCCCCACAUGAUUAUGGAUUCCUCACGGCGGGUAAGGGCGCUACACAUCAGAACCAGCUGCGCAAGGCUAGUGAGCCCGAUAUUGGAUCCCAUGAAAACAAGCACCAGAGUGUGAGGGCUCAGGUGGUUUCAUGA